UCAUAUCAAGCCAUUCUCAGAUGCCUAACGGUGUGACGUCACAUAAACUCUCUGCCAUUGUUUUGACGCCGGAGCAGAAUGCCGCCUAAGCGAUUGUGGUGUACAGUUGUUGGCUGUAAUAAUGAACACAACAGUCGUCAUGUACUCCCAACUUCUGAGCCGCUGAAGACGCAGUGGCUGAAUUUUGUUUUUAAUGGGAAUGUGCCCAGCAAUCUCCCUAAAUGGGUUCACGUUUGCGCAAAUCAUUUCUCACCAGACUGCCUUAUAAACGAGGGUCAGUAUAAAGCAGGUUUUGCUAAGAAGCUGGUCCUGAAAAAUGGAUCGGUACCAACCAUUCGUGUUCCCACUUCACCUCCAGUAAAAGCAAUCACAUCUGAAAAAUUGCCCAAGGUGCAACAUGUGGCCUGCCAGACGGACAUACCACAACUGUGCACAGUUGGCACCCAGCUGUCAAUAAAAACUCUACAUUCUCACUACAAAAGCACAGAUGUUGGUGUUGGCUCCUCACACACAAUGUCAUCGUCAUUGCCAAUAAAGAGGCCAAAUAAAAGAUCUCGCUUGGAGCUGGAGGAGGAAGAGGAGGACCCUUUUGGAGCCAGUUCGAGUAUUAAAUCGGAAGAGCCUAUGGAUUCUGACCCAACAGAUGUGACAAUGGAAUCUUCAAAGCCGGCUCAUAAGACGGCAACAUACAUUGUUUAUGAAAACUGCCUGCUGCAGCUCUUUGAGCAGUGCCCUGUGUGCCAUUGUGUUUCCAAUGUGCGGACAAGAAGGGUCGGCACGUUCCUCGCUGUGGAACAACAGUGCCCAAACUGUGACUUUUUCAGAAAAUGGAAUAGUCAGCCGACUGUAGGAAGCACUCCGGCUGGGAACCUCCAGCUUUCUGUAGCACUGUAUGCCACAGGUGCCUCUUUCUUUAAACUUGAAAAGAUAUUCCGUGCAAUGCAACUGAAAAUGAUCCGCUACGACACCUUUCGUAGUCAUGCCCGGAGGUACAUAGAGCCUGCAAUUGUACAUAGCUGGAAGACCGCACAGGAUGGCAUGUUGCAGAAGCUCAGUCGGCAGCAGAACAUCAUCCUAGGUGGUGACUUGAGGACUCACUCACCAGGUCAUUCAGCCAAGUUUGGCUGUUACUCUGUGAUAGACCUAAGGACCAGCACUGUUAUUGAUCUGCAGCUAGUUCAGAGUAAUGAAGUCGGAGGGAGCAACAACAUGGAGAAAGAGGGUCUGAAGAGGAGUCUUGAUGUCUUGAGGGGACGCGGUGUGACUUUUGACAGCAUUAUUACAGACCGGCACCCUCAAGUACAAAAAUUCCUGCGGGAGGCCAGCAUCACACAGUAUUACGAUGUAUCGCACAUAGAAAAAGGAGUGUCCAAGAAAUUGCUGAAGAUUGCUCAGAAGAAAAACUGUGAAAAACUGAAGAAGUGGCUUAGCAGUAUAAAAAACCACAUAUAUUGGACAGCAGCUUCUUCUUCCUCGGGCCAAGAGCGAGUCGCAAAGUGGACUUCAAUUCUUAAUCAUGUCCAAGACAAACACACACAUGAAGUUCCUGUUUUCCCACGGUGUUUGCAUCCGCAACGCACUUCAAGGGACAAGAGCAAAUGGUUGAGAGCUGGGACACCUGCCUUCUAUCGAUUAGAGAAGGUCCUCACAAACAAGAGGAUUCUGAAGGAUGUUGAGAAGCUGAGCCCUCACCACCAGACCUCAUCACUGAAGGCAUUCCACAGCGUAAUUCUGAGUUUUGCACCCAAGAAUGUUGUCUUCUCUUUUCUUGGAAUGUUAUGCAGACUCUACCUGGCAGCCCUACAUUUUAAUGAGAAUGCUGGGCGUCCCCAAGCCACAACAACAGCUGGAGAGCCACUGUUUAAGGUGUUUUUUCCAAAAUACAAGAAAGGACAAUUCUCUGCAAAGCCAGUGAAAGCAGAUCCAACCUUCCACUAUGUGGACAAGCUGUUGGACCUUAUCUUUGAGAAAGCUGUUGUGGACCCAACCCCAUAUAUGGAUGACAUCCUGAAGAUCUCAAUACCUGAGGAUCUCACAGCCCAGUUUGAGAAACCAGACAAACUGGAAGUGAUAGCUAGCCACGUGUCUAGGUUGAACCAAAGGCAGGUCUGAAGCCCACAUACCUUCCUUGAGCAUCAGUGAACUCUCCCCUUAUGCCCUUAUUCUUUGGCCCAGAAAGCCCCAACACCAGCUGACAAAGCUUCUGUAGGCCAAAAACCUGUAAUGGCUGAAACAAAUACACAAUUUUUGUUUUUGUAAAAAUAAUGUUAUUUAGUGUAAUUAUUACAUUUUUAUUUUAUUUUAUUUAUUUGCUGUUUGUCUUUAGAUGAUCAGUUUUGCUAUUCCUGCAGUUCUGUAGAAUAACUGAUUAAAAACCUCUGGUAGUCAGUAAAAGAAUUUUUCAGUCAAUAAAUGUUAUAAAAUUCUAUGUUGGUAUGAGAUUACACUGAAGAUGAACAGUGACCCAAAAAAGGAACUUUGUUUGUCAGGUUAUUUAACCAUGUAUUUCUAUGUCUUUGGAAGCUAUUUGUC